AUGUUGUCCAGAUCUGUGUUUCGUGCGGUGCAGCCGCUCAAGGCGCAAGCCAGACGACGAUAUGCCACCGAGCCCGCCUCGCAGGGUGGCUCCAACGCGCUUCUCUACCUGGCCGGCGGCGUGGCGGUCGCCGGAGCCGGCUACUAUUACUUGAGCAGUAACCCCUCUGCUGCCGCCAAGGUCAAGGAGGUCGCCCCUGCCAAGCCCGCUUUCACGGGCGGCGACCAGGGAUUCGUGUCCCUGAAGCUCGCCGACGUGGAAAACGUGAACCACAACACCAAGCGUCUGCGCUUCGAGCUCCCCGAGGCGGAUAACGUGUCUGGGCUGCAAGUAGCCAGUGCCAUUCUGACCAAGUUCAAGGGCCCGGGGGAUGAAAAGGCCACCCUGCGACCCUAUACUCCAAUUAGCGACGAAGAUGAAAAAGGGUACAUUGAUCUCUUGGUCAAGAAAUACCAGGGCGGACCUAUGAGCACUCAUAUCCACGACAUGGUUCCCGGGCAGCGCCUCGACUUCAAGGGCCCUCUCCCAAAGUACCCUUGGGCUGAGAACAAGCACGACCAUGUUGCUCUCAUCGCCGGCGGCACCGGCAUCACCCCCAUGUAUCAGCUCUGCCGGGCCAUCUUCAACAACCCCAACGACAAGACCAAGGUUACGCUCGUCUUUGGCAACGUCAGCGAGGAGGAUAUCCUUCUCCGACGAGAGCUCGCCGAGCUUGAAAACACCUACCCGCAGCGCUUCCGCGCCUUUUACGUGCUGGACAAGGCGCCCAAGAGCUGGCAAGGCGGCAGCGGCUUCAUCAGCAAGGAUCUCCUCAAGACUGUUCUUCCCGAGCCCAAGGAGGACAACAUCAAGGUCUUUGUUUGUGGACCUCCGGGUCUGAUGAAAGCCAUCUCGGGUCCCAAGGUCAGCCCCAAGGAUCAGGGUGAGCUGUCGGGCUCACUGAAGGACCUGGGCUACAGCAAGGAGCAGAUCUACAAGUUUUAG